AUAAGGCAAUUUCAAUACAUUAUGUCAGAUCAAGAAGAAGAUUACGAUAUUGCUGGAGCCUUAACUUUGAAUGGCGAUGAGUCUGAUAUCGAAUCAGGUUCAGAUUCUGAAUCAUAUUCUCAAGAUGAAGAAAUCCAAGAUAUAAUUGAAUCGGACGAUGAAGUAGACAAGGAAGAACCAAAACAAAAGAAACAAAAGGUUGUUAACAAAGCCAGUACUCCAUUCCCUUCAUUGGAGAUGUCUGAUGAUGAAGGUGAUGAAAAAAAUAACCAAAAUAAUGAUAACGAUGAUCUCAAAGACAUUUCAUCAUAUUUUGCAAAUAAUAACCCUGAUGUUAAAAAAGCUAAAGCUGGUUCAUUUCAAUCCUUUGGGUUCUCAAAAUUCUUAAUGACUAACGUUAUAAAGAAAGGUUAUAGACAACCUACUCCAAUUCAAAGGAAGACUAUUCCUCUUAUUAUGGAAGGUAGAGAUGUUGUUGGUAUGGCUAGAACCGGUAGUGGUAAAACUGCUGCCUUCACAUUACCAAUGAUUGAAAGAUUGAAAAAUCAUAGUGCUAGAGUUGGUGUCAGAGCUGUUAUCUUAUCACCUUCAAGAGAAUUAGCAUUACAAACAUUUAAACAAGUCAGAGAGUUCACAAAGAAUACCGAUUUGAAAUCCGUUGUAUUAAUCGGUGGUGAUUCAUUAGAAGAACAAUUCUCCUCAGUCUUAUCUAAUCCAGAUAUUAUCGUUGCCACUCCUGGUAGAUUCUUGCAUUUAAAAGUCGAAAUGGAAUUAGAUUUAAAAUCAGUAGAAUGUAUAAUUUUUGAUGAAGCUGAUAGAUUAUUCGAAAUGGGGUUUGCGGAACAAUUAAAUGAAUUAUUGGCAAGUUUACCAAGUUCAAGACAAUCCCUUUUAUUCUCAGCUACUUUACCCCGUUCAUUAGUCGAUUUCGCUAAAGCUGGAUUAACUAGUCCUGUGUUGGUCAGAUUAGAUGCUGAUUCAAAAAUAAGUGAUAAUUUACAAAUGGCAUAUUUUACUACCAAGAGACAAGAAAGAGAAGCCAACUUAUUAUAUAUAAUACAAGAAGUUAUAAAGAUACCUUUAGGAACUAAAGAACAAUUAAAAAAGUUACUGGAUUUGAACAAAAAAUCCAAUGAAGAAGAUGAAGAAGAAGAAAAUCGUGAUAAAACUAAAAAGAGAAAGUUUAAAAAGGAAAGAUUACCACCUGCAAAUCAAUUACCAUCCGAGCAUUCAACCAUUGUAUUUGUUCCAACUAAACAUCAUGUAGAAUAUAUCUAUCAAUUAUUAAGAGAUGCUGGUUACUUAGUGUCAUACAUUUACGGUACUUUAGAUCAACAUGCUAGAAAGAACCAAUUAUAUCAAUUUAGAAUUGGUGUAACAAAUAUCUUAGUGGUUACUGAUGUUGCUGCUAGAGGUAUCGAUAUUCCGGUUUUAGCUAAUGUUAUCAACUUCACUUUCCCAGCAUCUUCUAAAAUUUUCAUUCAUAGAGUUGGUAGAACUGCCAGAGCUGGUAAUAAAGGUUGGGCUUAUUCCAUCAUAAAUGAAAAAGAAUUACCUUAUUUAUUAGAUUUGGAAUUAUUCUUAGGUAAGAAGAUAUUAUUGACUUCCAUGUACGAAGAAAAAGCAAAAAUCACAGGUAUUUCACCUCCUGUAUCAUAUACUGAUAGGUUAGUUCUUGGCUCAGUUCCACGUUUAUCAUUAGAAACUUUCCAAGAAUUAUUUGAGAAUUUAGUAAAACAUAAUUAUGAUUUACAAUUAGUUAAGGAUGUUACAUUCAAAGCCGAAAAAUUAUAUUAUAGAACUCGUCAAGCUGCUUCAGCUGAAUCAUUAAAGAGAUCAAAGGAAAUAUUUGAAACUGACAGAUGGGAUGGUCAACAUUUAUUAUUUGGUCCUGAUUUAGAAAAAGAAAAACAAGAAUUUUUAAAUAAAUUAUUGAAUAGAAACGUUAAGGAAACUGUUUUUGAAUUCAGUAAAAGAAACAAUGCCAAGCAUGCUAGUGGUGAAGAUGAAGAUAAUAAUUUAGUUGAUUUCAUGAAUAAAAGAAGAAGACAACUUGCUCCAAUCCAAAGAAAAGCCAGAGAGAAAAAGGAAUUGUUACAAAAGGAAAGAAUUGCUGGAUUAACCCAUGGUUUAGAAGAUGAAGUCUUACAAGCUGAAGGUGAAACGGGAUAUAAUGUUAAUGAAGAUGAAUUGAGAUCAACAUUCGAAGAUGCCGAUGAUAUUAUAGAAUCUAAGAAGAAAGAGAAAAAGUCCUUCAGAGAUCCAAAUUUCUUUAUCAGUCAUUAUGCUCCAGCUUCAUUAAUUCAAGAUCAACAAUUACAAUUAUCCAACUCAUUUGCCAAUGAUGCUGCUAAGGCCACAUUUGAUUUCAACAACGAUGAUACAGAUAAUAACAAAAAGAAUCAACAAAUCAUGAAAUGGGACAGAAAGAAGGGUAAAUAUAUCAAUUCUACUUCUGACGGUAAGAAAUAUAUCAUUGGUGAAAGUGGUCAAAAGAUUCCUGCCACCUAUAAAUCCGGUAGAUUCGAUGAUUGGAAGAAAAAGAGAAACUUACAACCAGCUAAAGUUGGAUCUCUUGAAGCUUCAAAUGGAAAUGGUACUAACAACCAAAGGUUCCAACAUAAGAAAGUUGCUGCCCCUAAAUUACCUGAUAAGUACAGAGAUGAUUAUUUCAAACAAAAGAAGAAGGUUGAUAAAGCUCUUGAGUCCGGUGUAUCUGUCAAGGGUUACAAUAGAGCCGGUCAACAACAAGAAAUAAAGACUACAGAACAAAUUAGGAAGGCAAGACAGUUAAAAGAAAACAAGAGAGCCAAGAAUGCUCGUCCUAGUAAAAGACGUAAAUAGAAAAACUUUUUUUAUUAAUUAUAUAAGAUAGAAAUUUUCUUUUUAUAGAUAAAUACUACAUUGAAUG